AUGGAUAACACGGACCUCAUCAAGACCGUUAGAGGUCUGGACCAAAAUGGCCCUGGAGACGAUGGUCAAAACCUCCAGCAGCUUUGGAACUUCCUAGCUGCGGCAGCGGAUAACCAGUUUCAUGCUGCAGAAGAAAGCAGCUUACGGUGGCUGUUGAAAUCCAUGAACGGCACUUCAGAAGCGGCCGAGACGUUGCGCCGGUACCCUCUCACUUGGACGAUUCUCGACCGUGUCUUCCAAAGAAUCCCGUUGUUUUCACUGGCAAAAUCGCUGGCGGAUAGAAAAUUUAUGGCAGUUCUGCAACAGACGCUAAAAGAUGUCUCGAAGCCAGUUGGCUCUACUGAACAAACUACUCCGACUAAACGAAAGCGUUCGACACUCAUUGCCUACUCGGUCGACGCUCUGCGAAGCAUAAAUGGGUGCCUGGAGACUGCUCAGACUCUGUUCAUAGCAGUGAAGUCACUGUUAAAUCGCUUAGACAACACAUUGGAGACAUUCUCGCGAGACAAGAUUGGAGCCGAACAUAUUAGGUCUCUCUUCUGUACAUCGGCCGUAGAUGCCACAGCAAUUGCAGCGCCGGCGUUUAAAAUAUGCGAAAAUCUCUUAUCCAGCGACUCACACGACCAAAUAAAAGGGUGCGAAGAUUGGAUUCAAACAAUUUCAUCAGUUUGGGACCUUCAUCUCCAGGGCACGGAUGAUGUCGUGAAUGUGGCAAUAUACCUGUUCCGACCUGCAUCAGUCAUUCUAGCAAAUGUUGGGCCGUUUUCUUCUGCAAAUCGAGCUCAGGUACGCGAUAGCCUGAAGGAGAAAUGGUCAUCGGAUAUGCAGGCAUUCAUGCAUCGCAACUUUGCUCUCCCCGGACGAGGCGCCUUCAUCAACCAUCGAACUCUCGAAGCUUUUACGACUGCUCUGGAGAUAUGUAAAGGUAUAAUUCAUCUGGCCGCUCCUGCGUUGUACUUCAUCGCAUCGAGCACAUACAAGGAUGUAGCCGACAGUGGACUUCGCAAGGACAAUGUUGCGUGGAUUAAAGAAACGUUUCAAGCUGUUGAGCUGGCAAUCGCGAGGAGACAAGAUCGUCACAUUCUCAUGGAGAGUAUUUUAGAGCAAGCAUUGGGAAAUUCUGCCCCAGUUGGUGUAGACGACCUGCGUCGGGUGUGUCGGGAUUACGCCUUACAAGACGACGGUACCCGCUGGUCCUUGGUGUCAAAGAUUGCUCAGUGCGAAACAGAUGUGUUCCAAAUAUCUGACGACAGUAUUGAGCUGCGAAAGGAAAUCUGUGACAGAAUCAUCAAAGAAGACAAUGACGAAAGCAAUAAAAAGGCAAUUGUGGAAGUGAUUGGGGCGAUUCAAGAUGGAUUCCGCACUCAUCGAGACCUGCCAAGCUUCUUGCGGUUAUGGUUUCAGCAACUUUCGGAUACCGAGAGACAGAAUUUUCGUGCGGAUUCGGCUUGGAUUACUUUUAUUCGGGAGCGAUCUCAAAAGGACUCGCUCACUUCCAUUAUCGAGACUGGAAUGUCUCCUCAGCGUCUGAAUGAGGUUGUUGCAUGGGUGAAGGAAAAUUCAUCAAAACAAAAUCCUCAAGCGACUGUAUUAUUUGCAUCUACUGUUGUUCAGUCGUUACAUAGUGAACAAUACGUCGAUGCCAUUGGGCGGCAGCUGUUCGAUUUGGUGGAGGGUUUGAAGGCUUCUACUCCUUUGACGGCUUUGCGAUGGCGAGUUGUGUCAAUGACUGUUUGGUGCGUGGCUCCAGAUGAAAGGCAAGGAAUUUGGGGCGCGGUGAAGAAGCGUCUUACCAAGGCUUUGGAAAAGUCGCCAAUCCUGUCCGCGGAAGCGUACGAAGCCUUCAGAUGCUGCUACGAAAUUUGGGAUUCUGUGUCCCCUGAUGGACCUUGGGUCGAAGAGCCUGCGGGCUUGACCGAAGCAUUCACGAAAAGACUCGCGGUUGAAAUGAGCUCUGCCUGUGUUCUGAAGGGUACUCUAUUCUCAACAGCGCUUGGCUUGGCUAGUGAAGCGGUCUUCAAUGAAGACUAUGGUUACGAGCAGUACAUUGCCUGGUUAUUGAACGGUUCCAGCCGAUUCAACAAACUCUACAUGUCUAAGGCAGGCGAGUUGCCGCCCGCACUCGGUGAAGUAAUUGCAUCACGCAAAUUGAGUACAGACGGGUUGGCUAUUCUGUGGGCGGCAUUGAUACGGAAUGAGACCAAUCUCAAUGAAACGAAGCUUUCGCAUGGUCUAGUUGAUCGCCUACUCGCGGCUUUUGACGAAUCUGGAAAGGAGAAGAACUGGCCGGGUGAAAAGGGGCAAAUGUGGAUGAGAGCGCUAUCAAGUAUCCCCUUAGACUGCUUCGAUCGUGAUCAGCGAGAAAAGCUUACGACGAUACUGGCUAAGCGACAGUCAAUGCUGACAGAACCUGCCACCAAGGACGAUGUGAACAGUUGGAAGCUGUUAUUAAGCCUGAUAUGCAAGAUUAUGAAACGACCUACAUUUCACGAGGGCAUGCGAUUCUCAGACUUGGUGGAAGCAUCUCAGACGUUGUCCCAUCUUUCGAUGACAUCGGAAGACAGCAUCGAGACAAUCCUGGAGGUCAUUGAGAGGUUUUCUCACAUGGCUUCUUUAGUCAUAAAGCAAAUGGCAGGUCACGUCGAUGAGCGAAGUGCCAAGUACUUCCGCGAAGCCACUACAUUCGUGUCGAUUUGCGAGAAGCAAGCCGAUGGCAGUAGUGACCACAAGCUUGACUUGCCAGCCCUCCACAUGACUCUACUGAAAUCCCUCGGCACUGAGCUUACUCAGUCUGUAAACGCCCGAUCAAACACGGACUUUGCGCCUUUAUUGACCACGACACGAAAAGCUUUAUCGAAAUGCAUCACGAAAGUCAUCAAAUUUUGUGUCUCGGAAAAAAAAGUACUAGAGCUCUCUAGUCUGCCUGUCGAUAUGAGCAUUAUGGCCGCUGUGGAUGCCGCUGCAGCCACGGAGUUCUCUGAUAAAAAUGACUUGAAGUCAUCUUCUAUAAGAAAACUAGAAAAAAGAACUAAACAGGCGAUGCAGGAUGGUGAUUUGCGAGCAUGGAAGAUUCAAACAUUUCUUCGCGCGUACUUAUCAGACAAGCUUGAGGUAUCGCAUCCAACCACUUUCGACGACCUGAAAAAUCUGCCUCACCGUAUGCGAGAGGUGGUGCUCAGGGAGCUUGUCCAAUCCGUGUCUGCUAACAUGGACGGCUUGUCGAAAUUGGCGUACUUGAGAGAGCUGCUGAGAGAGCUGAAAGGAGGCUGUAAUACGGAUGGUCAGUUGCUUGCCAUUGAGUAUCUGGCAAAUCAAAUUAUUGAAUCAUCCGACUUCCAGCUUCAGACUGAUGACGGUUUCAACAUCGGUAUGGUCCACAGUGAUUUGACCUCGUUGCUUCUGCGCAAACCAUCCAAUUCCAACAUCAUCUGCCGCAUCCUGCGAGCUCUUCUAGAGAAACGGCCGCAGUUAAUGAGCCAAUGGAACAUUGAAAUUACCCUGAGCACUGUAUCUGAUCUCGCAUCGGACCGCCAUGCCGGCGAGAGCACUACAUCCUAUCCUUGGCUUUGCAAACUGGUCGAAGUAAUUAUUAAGAAGCACCGUUUGCGACUUGAAGGGCAUUUCCACCUGCUCUUGAGCACGUUGCAAGCCUUGCUGCAGAAUCUCAUCAAGAGUCAACAGCACUCCACAGCAACAGACAACUUGGCUCAAGAAGCCAAGGCCCAGUUGUAUGCCCGUCUCGUCACCCUGAUUUGCGAGCCUACCGUCGGAGCUGUCUCCCGUUCGCAGCUUCACAGUUCGCUGGACUCAGCUACCGAUGCCGCCAAGCGAUCUGCCGGCCGACACAUGUACCUCAUUCUGGUACACUAUGUCAAGCUGCAGCUCGAAACGAGCGUGUCAACAGAAGUACGUGAUGCGCUUGAACAGGCUAUGAAUUCCAUCUUCGACAUUACGCCCCCUGAAGGAAGAAAGAUUCUCAACGACACAAUGGAUAGCAGUGGCAGAGCGAUAUUGCGAGAAAUGUUUAAGAGAUAUGUCAAAUUCGGUAAAUGGAGUGGCGUUUGA